AUGAGCAACGCGCCUGCCUCAGCAGCGAAGCCGCCGCGGCCGCGGUCCCCUCACUUCCCUCCACACAACGCUCCUCGCGUCUGGUUUAUCACAAGAGGAGUAUCGCCCAUCGCGAUCGCUCUGGCAAAACAGGUACUCGAACAUGGCGAUUACGUCGUAGCAGGCGUUAUACCUGUUGAGUUUGAAAAGAGCGAGGGUCAGACCGAUGACUUCAAAGCGUUCCUCGAGGAGGUGAAGAACACCGAGCGAUGGCGAGAGCGCUUAAGGGUCGUUGGUCUGGAUGCAAAGAUUGUUGGCCAAUGUCAAGCAGCUGUUGCUGAGGCUGUCGAGGCAUUUGGACGCAUUGAUGUCUUGCUCUGCACAGCUAGCGAAGCUGUCAUUGGGACUGUAGAAGAGCUGGCGCAAAGCAGCCGAACCAUCAGCCUUGUGGAUGAGAUCUUUGAGAUCAAUUUCUUUGCCAACGUGAACAUCAUCAAGGCCAUACUGCCCGUGAUGCGGGAAAGGAAAAAUGGGCACAUGAUCGUGAUCACGGGAAUCACUGGCCACCUCGGAACCCCCGGCCUCGGCAUGUACUGCUCAUCGCAAUGGGCUAUCGAGGGCUACUGUGAUAGCCUUGCCUAUGAGAUCGCGCCAUUCAACGUCAAAAUGUCCAUUGUUCAAGCUAACAUGGAGGUCAACGUGCUCACGAACAGGAUCACUUCAGUCCCGCCCAUGCAGGAAUACCUUCAAGAAGAAAACCCCGCACCACUAGCACGAGAGAUCUUCUCUGGCCUCCUUGACAGACUCGAUGGUAUCGAGAAUCCACGUGCGGUAGAAGACCCAACGUCGCCAACGUAUAGUACUUCUACAAUGAGCCCGGACGCAACGAUGGCCGAGUCGACUAUAGGUGACCUGUUGAGUGCCGAUACAGUCACUUCACUCUAUGCGUCGUUGCCCUCUGCCCUCAAAAGUUCAUUGAUCGCUGAGACCGUUCAUGCUCUUACCGCUAUCGGCGGGCACGAUAAUCCGCCGGCGCGCCACAUUGUCGGGUCCGAGGGCGUGACAGCGGUGAAGGAGAAGUUGAUGACGACAAGUGAAGAGCUGGAGGAUUUCAUCGAAGUCAGCAACGCUGUCGAUAUCACAAAGGACUACCAGUCCGUGGAGCCUUCGGCGUUUGACUAGGUGCAAUCGGGCACACGGCUUCCUUGUACGGGCAAUUGUAUGCGACUCAAAACAAGCGAUUGUCAUGCUGGAGACACAGCGACUUCGAGCCCCUACAACUACAUACAAGGGCUGCUUCACGUCUCUCUAAGAUUGCUUUGUGAUGGUUAGGGCGCGA